UUAUUGAUGGCAGAUGGAUAUUAAUAUAGCUACUAGCCAAAGUGAGUAGGCAAUCCAGAGAGAUUCAGUUGAGAAUUUCCAUCAACAAACUCAACUACAAGCAUGAGCCAAAUCGAAUCCGAAAAAGAUCGUCGUUGCUACAACCGUGCGAAGCUAGGCGAUCCUAUGGUCUCCUAUAUCUACAAUGCGAGUGAGCAUGUACGACGACUGACAUACGAUCCAUUGUCUAUCGUCGUCUACAUCAGCAGCGUCAAAUCGAACUUCGAUGCUGGUAUAGACGUUACAAACUGGGCUGUAUUCUUCGAUGGCAGCUCUAGGUACAACGACCGAGGAAGACUACCUCUCCAAUACACAGACAGCUAUGGUGCUGCUCGCUUAUUCGCUGUUAAAAAGGCUCUGUUGGAGCUCGGACAAUCUCUUCACGUGGUGGACGGGAUCACUAAUCUGAUCUUCAACUGGGAGUUGAAUGGAUGGAGAGACUCGAUGGGUAAGCCAGUGGAUAAUGCAGCGUUAUGGGAGGAAGUCCAUCAGCAAGUGGCCGAAUUCCAGAGACGGGGUGUAGAAGUCGAUUUUCGGCGGAUAGAACCUCAACACGAUAGACCUGCAUUUGAGUUGGCCAGGGGAGCUGGCGAUGAUGAGUCGGAAGGGGGCAAACUUGAAGUAUGA